AUGAAUUUAACUGAGGAGGACAUCGACAUGUGUUAAAGGGCGUUUGCUGAAAUGGAUGAAGAUGGGGUUGGUGCCAUUCGAGGCCAGGAUUUAAAAAUUGCUUUAGAAAAAAUCGGUUUCAAACCAUCAGAAAAUGAACUCUACAAAAUCAUAAGUGAGGUAGAGGAAACCAAUACAGGACUUAUAAGAUUUAGUGAUUUCUUAGGCGUCUAUUGGAAAUUUAAGUAUUCUAACUAAGAUGAUGAUGACUAAGACACAAUUGAUGCCUUUGUUGCCAUGGGAGGAAACCCAGAUAAAACAGGAUCAAUAAGUACAGAUAAACUAGUAUAAAUUAUUAAAUCUGAAUUCGAAUUAACUAUUGAUAUCGAAAGUCUUAUCAGAGAUGUGGACAAGGACAAUUCAGGCCUAAUCGAAUUUGGGGAAUUUAAAGAUCUUUUAAAAACUUCAUACGCUAAUGAUGAAUGACAUCUUUAAUUGUUAAGUUAUUAUUAAAUAUUUUUUCAUGGCAUUAUCAUCCA